AUGACGCUACUCGAGGUUUCCCAUCCAGCAGGCCUUCACACCGCGAAAGUCCUCCGCGAGCAUUCCAAAGGUCGAGCUUCUGUUUCAAACGCCGAAGUCGAGGAACAUUCACCACCACGUCCCCAUCCCAAUACGAUUAACGACGACGAUUAUGCCGUUCUGAGUGCUCGCAACCUACUUUUCGACAUCUGCAAUCAGAAUGGAGGUGGCCAUGGUGGUUCAGCCAUUGGCAUGGCUGCGAUUGGCGUUGCUUUGUACAAAUACGCAAUGCGAUAUAACCCAUCGAAUCCAGAAUGGUUUGACCGGGACCGGUUUGUUCUAUCCAAUGGUCAUGCCGCAAUGAUCCUCUAUGCAUUCAAUCAUCUUGUUGGCUAUGAUGACUGGACGAUGGAAGAGUUGAAAGGAUAUGGAAGUGCUAAGCUCGAUGGCUUCACUACACUAUGCCACGCACACCCUGAAAUAGAGGUUCCCGGGGUGGAAGUGACUACGGGUCCACUUGGGCAAGGCGUUGCUAACGCAGUCGGUCUUGCGAUUGCCUCGAAAAACUUGGCCGCCAAGUUCAACCAGCCGGGCUACGAUAUCGUUCAAUCUCGGAUCUUCUGUACCACCGGAGAUGGCUGUCUUAUGGAAGGCGUGGCUCUCGAGGCUGUGUCUCUUGCUGGCCACUUGCAACUAGAUAACUUGGUUCUCAUCUAUGACAACAACCAAAUCACAUGUGAUGGACCACUGGACUGGAUCAACACCGAAGAUGUCAACAACAAGAUGAGAGCUUGCGGAUGGUGCGUCUUGGAAAUUGACGAUGGUAACCACGAUGUAUCCAGGAUUGUUACUGCUCUCGACUUUGCCCGAUCGGUCAAAGGCAAGCCAGUCUUUAUCAACAUCAGGACGGUGAUUGGAGUCGGGACGGGAGUGGCUGGAACUGCCAAAGCACAUCACGGCGUCUUUGACAAAGACAGCGUCACCAAGUCCAAGAUCGCGGCAGGCGUUGAUCCAAACGCAACUCACCAGGUCUCUUCUCGUGCGUUGUCAUACUUCCGCGAAAGGAAAGCCCAGGGUGAGCGUCUGAAUGCUGAAUGGGAACGUCUUGUCCAGCAGUACAGCAAGGAGCACCCAGACCUAUACCGAACACUCCAGCGAAGACGAGCUGGCAACAUCAAUGAUGAAAUUUUCAAGAUGAUCGAGUCCAUGGACUCAUCUACAAUGCAGGAACUGGCCACACGUGAGUCGAACGGCUUGAUCAUGGAGAAAUUAUGGCCGCUGUGUGAGGCUCUAUGUGGAGGAGGAGCAGAUCUGGCAAACUCAAACAAGAUUUAUCAAUCGGCGACCGAUGUCUUCUUGCCCUCCCACUACGGCGGCAGAUAUAUUCGCUACGGUAUCCGCGAACAUGCCAUGGCGAGCAUAUCGAACGGCAUAGCCGCUUACAAUCACGGCACGUUCAUUCCCAUCACCGCCACGUUUUUGAUGUUUUAUCUAUAUGCAGCACCUGGUGUUCGCAUGGGAGCCUUAAGCCACCUCCAAGCCUUACACUUUGCAACCCACGAUUCGUUCGCCGAGGGUCAGAACGGUCCCACACAUCAGCCGGUGGAAGUCGACUCACUAUAUCGUGCCAUGCCCAAUAUUGUCUAUUUCCGGCCGUGCGAUGGCGAAGAAGUUCUGGCGGCGUGGAAAGCUGGACUUCUCGCCACAAAGCGACCGACUAUGGUGUCGCUGGGCCGCGAUCCAAUGGGUAUUAUUCCAGGCACAAGUCGUCAAUACGCCCUGAAAGGAGCGUACGUAUUACGGGAAAACAGUGAGGCAGACAUCACACUUGCGAGCUGUGGUACAUGCAUGCACCACGUGGUUACUGCUGCCGAUCGCCUCGAAGCCGCCGGCAUACGUACACGACUUGUCAGCGCUCCCAGCUUUGACCUUUUCGAGGAGCAGUCGGAGGAGUACAAGAAGUCUGUCUUCCCAACUGAUGGUCGACCCAUAGUAAGCGUCGAGGAGUAUGUUGCAACAACGUGGGCCAGAUAUGUGACUGGUAGCAUUGGCAUGACAACGUAUGGAUACUCUGCUUCUGGGGCGAGCAACUGCACAAGGUUUGGGCUGGAUGCCCCUGCCAUUGAACAGAAAGUACAGCGGUACUUGAAGGAAAUGAAAGGGGGGAGUGCAAGGCAAGCAGGUUGGAAAAGGCUGGACUGA